AUGACCCCCUUAACAUCAGACCAGGGAACCCAAUUCGAAUCGAUGUUAUUCAAAUCGUUAUCGCAUUUGGUAGGUUGUGAAAAGAUCCGAACUACAGCAUAUCAUCCAGCCGCUAAUGGAAUGAUUGAGCGCUGGCACCGCUCAUUCAAAGCUUCGAUUAUGUGUCACAACAACGCCGAAUGGGUAGACAGUUUGCCUACAGUUUUAUUAGGACUCCGUACUAGCGUUAAAGAAGACAUAGGUUCAUCAGCAGCGGAACUCGUUUAUGGUACCACACUUCGAUUACCCGGAGAAUUUUUCUUCAACGAAGGCAUGCCGCCAGAUCCUAAAUUCUUCGUAGAAAAAUUUCGUGAAAUCAUGCGAAAAGUAUGUCCUACUCCGACGAAACAUCACGUAAAGCCGAAAAUUUUCAUCCACAAGGACAUGUUCACUUGUACACACGUCUUUAUUCGAGUAGAUCGAGUUAAGAAACCACUUGAGCAUCCGUAUGAAGGACCAUUCCGAGUGCUCGAAAGAACUUCAGACAACGUUUUCGUUAUCGACGUAAAAGGUAAAGCAACCAGCACCAACGUCGAAAGGCUUAAACCGGCGUUUAUCGAAGCUGAACCAAUCAACCCAUCUUCAACUAUAACACAGCCCAACCCAGCUACACCUACACUCAAGACGUAUCCCGGACCUGGAAAGAAGACAACGAAAACGAAAUCCGUAACUUUCGCAGCAUAA